CCAACAUGGCGCUUUAAGGCUUGUCGGCUGUUACCCAGCGUUCUUAGCGAGCUGACGUCUCUAUCACGGUAUUUAGCUUCUGCUGUUGCCUGAGCAACCGGUACUCUGGCUACAGAGAGACCCGACUCCCUGACACUGCUGGGACCAGUUACCGACACUCUGACCGUGUUCUGUGAGACUGCCGGGACGUGUGAGACUGCUGGGAUAUGUCCCGAGAGACUGAUAGAGUUCUGUGAGACUGCCGGGGACACUGAGUGCUUGUUGUGGGCUCAUUAGAGAGACUGCUGGGGCUGUUGGGAAAUAUGAGAGUGAUCUAAUACAGGAGACACACUGAGAGACACCUCCAGGUUCUGAGAGACUGUAGCAGAGAAGAGACAUCAUGCAGCUCAAGUAUCUCAAGAGCCUUCUUGCCCCCCAGGAUGGAGCUGCCAGGGUGACGUGCAUGGCCUGGUCUCCAAAUAAUAUCAAAUUUGCCGUCUGUACAGUCGACUGCGUUGUCAUUUUGUACGAUGAACAGGGCGAGAGGAGGGACAAGUUCUCCACCAAACCCGUGGAUUCCAAGUACGGCAAGAAGAGUUACAUGGUGAAAGGAAUGGCCUUCUCCCCAGACUCCACCAAGAUUGCCAUUGGCCAGACUGAUAACAUUAUAUUUGUCUACAAGAUUGGAGAGAACUGGGGAGACAAAAAAGUCAUAUGCAACAAAUUCAUCCAGACGAGUGCGGUGACGUCCCUCCUGUGGCCUGCAGAACAGGCUAUUGUCUUUGGCCUGGCUGAGGGGAAGGUCCGUCUGGCUAAUACCAGAACUAACAAAUCCUCCACUAUCUAUGGCACUGACUCCUGUGUGAUCUCCCUAACAACCAAUGUCUCAGGGCAGGGAAUCCUCUCGGGCCAUGCUGAUGGCACUAUUGUUCGUUAUUUCCUAGACGAUGAUGGUUCUGGUGAAUCCCAGGGGAAGCUGGUUACCCAUCCCUGCCCACCAUAUGCCUUAGCGUGGGCUGCAAAUAGCAUUGUAGUCGGGGGGUGCGAUAUGAAGUUGGUGGCAUACGGCAGAGAGGGCCAAGUGAUCCAGACGUUUGACUACAGCCGGGACUCCUCUGAGAAAGAGUUCACAGUAGCCGCAAGUAGCCCGAGUGGCCAGUCUGUAGUUGUUGGAAGCUAUGACAGGCUGCGGGUACUGAACUGGAGUUCCAGGAGAGGAUUGUGGGAGGAAGGCAAACCCAAAGAUAUUCCCAACCUUUACACAAUAACUGCAAAAGCAUGGAAAAGAGACGGCUCCAAGCUCUGCGUGGGCACCCUGUGUGGAGGCGUGGAACUGUUUGAUUGCUGUUUACGGCGGCUCAAUUACAAGAAUAAAUUUGAGAUGACCUACGUGGGACCCAGUCAGGUCAUUGUUAAAAACCUCUCCACGGGAACACGCGUGGUGUUAAAGUCUCAUUACGGAUAUGAGGUUGACGAGGUUAAGAUUCUGGGCAAAGAGCGAUACCUUGUGGCCCACACCUCGGAUACAUUGCUGCUGGGGGAUUUGGGCACCAACAGAUUGAGUGAGGUGGCCUGGCAGGGAUCUGGUGGGAAUGAAAAGUUCUUCUUUGAAAAUGAGAAUGUCUGCAUGAUCUUCAAUGCUGGGGAACUGACACUGGCUGAAUAUGGGAGCAAUGAGAUUCUGGGCACAGUACGCACAGAGUUUAUGAACCCACAUCUCAUCAGUGUGCGUCUGAAUGAGAGGAAACAGAAAGGAGCUGAGGAUAACAAGAAGCUGGCCUAUCUCAUCGAUAGGAAGACCAUAGCCAUAGUGGAUCUUGUGGCAGGUCAUAAUAUGGGUACCAUUGCCCACGACACCAAAAUUGACUGGCUGGAACUGAAUGAGACUGGCCACAAGUUGCUCUUCAGAGAUAAACACCUUCAGUUAAACCUUUAUGACAUUGAGAGCAGCAAGAAGACGGCCAUUUUGGACUACUGCUCAUAUGUACAAUGGGUUCCAGGAAGUGAUGUGGCGGUGGCCCAGAACAGGAAUAAUCUGUGUGUUUGGUACACCAUAGACUCCCCAGAGACCGUCACCAUGUUCCCUCUUAAGGGGGACAUCGUAGAUCUGGAGAGAAAGGAAGGAAAAACAGAAGUCAUUGUCACUGAGGGGGUUAAUACUAUCUCUUACACACUGGAUGAAGGGAUGAUAGAGUUUGGGACAGCCAUUGAUGAUGGAGAUUAUUACAGAGCUGUAGCAUUCCUGGAGACUCUGGAGAUGUCACGAGAGACGGAGGCAAUGUGGAGGCGCCUGGCCAAGCUUGCUCUGGAGGGCAGAUACCUUCUUAUUGCUGACAGGAGUUAUGCAGCCCUGGGAAAUAUGGCCAGAGCAAAGUUUCUCCGGGAGACCAGCCGGAUUGCUGAAGAGGCAGCUAAGGAAUAUGGUGGAGAUGGAACUGAUUAUUACCUGGUCCGUGCACGUCUGGCUGUCCUAGAAGAGAACUUCAAACUGGCAGAGAUGAUCUACUUGGAGCAGAAUGAUGUACUUGAGGCAAUGAAGAUGUACCAUGAGUUGCACUGGUGGGAAGAGUUCAUUGCUGUUCCUGGAGCCAAGGAGCACCCUGAAUUUGAGAACCUGAGACGGAGCCACUUGCAGUACCUGACAGACACACAUCAGGAAGAGCGAGCAGGGGAGGUGUUUGAGCAGGAGGGAGACUCCAUCACUGCACUGAACUUGUAUUUGAGAGCAGGUCUCCCCACCAAGGCUGCCAGGCUGUGCACGAGCCAUGAUCGUCUGCUCUCUGACUCUGAGCUCAUGGGAAGGGUCACCUCCGCUCUCAUCAAGGGAGAGUUCUAUGAGAGGGCUGGAGAUCUCUUUGAGAAGAUAAACAAUCCUCGCCGAGCCCUGGAGUGUUACUGCAAGGACAGUGUCUUCCAGAAAGCCAUUGAGCUUGCCAGAGUUACCUUCCCUGGGGAAGUGGUGAAACUGGAAGAGUCGUGGGGAGAUUACUUGGUGCAACAGAAGCAACAGGAUGCGGCAAUUAACCAUUAUAUUGAGGCUGGAUGUUCAGUGAAAGCCAUUGAGGCAGCUCUGGGGGCCCGUCAGUGGAAGAAAGCCCUCCAUAUUGUGGAACUUCAGGCGCCAGAUACUGCACGCAGCUAUUAUCUGAAAAUCGCCCAGCAUUAUGCCUCCCUGAAGGACUAUGAGGUGGCCGAGCAGCUGUAUAUUAAGGCUGGCAGAAGCAAGGAUGCCAUUGAGAUGUACACACAGGCUGGGCACUGGGAGCAAGCACACUCGCUGGCUGUGAAAUGUAUGGAGCAUGAGGAUGUGUCUGUAAUGUACAUAACCCAAGCCAGGGAGCUGGAAAAACAGGGCAAAUACAAAGAGGCCGAGAGGCUGUACAUCACGGUGGAUGAAGCAGAUCUUGCAAUAACCAUGUACAAGAAGCACAAGAUGUACGAGGACAUGAUCCGACUCGUGCAGAAAUGUCACCCAGAUCUCCUGACUGACACCCACCUACACCUGGGCAAAGAACUUGAAAGUGAGGGGCGCCAUCAAGAGGCUGAGUACCAUUACUUAGAAGGGAAUGACUGGAAGGCUGCAGUAAACAUGUACCGGGGGGCAGACAUGUGGGAGGAUGCACACAGGGUGGCUAAAUCCCAUGGAGCUGCCAAUGCCCAUAAGAAGGUGGCCUACUUGUGGGCCAAGAGUUUGGGGGGUGAGGCGGCUGUGAAGUUACUUUCCAAGUUCAGCCUGAUAGAGAUGGCCAUUGACUAUGCAGCAGAGAACGGUACUUUUGAUUUUGCCUUUGAACUUGCCCGUCUGGCAAUGAAAAACAAGCUCCCAGAGAUUCACCUAAAGUAUGCCAUUUUACUGGAGGAUGAGGGGAAGUUCGCUGAGGCUGAGACAGAGUUUGUUAAAGCUGAGAAACCCAAGGAAGCCGUGCUCAUGUACGUCCAUAACCAGGACUGGGACUCUGCCCAACGUGUGGCCGAACUCUAUGAUACAGACAGCGUCGGGGAUGUACUGGAAGGACAGGCACGAUUUGCCUUUGAGCAGAAGGACUACCAGAAGGCAGAGGCUUUCCUACUGCGGGCGCAGAGAGCAGAACUGGCCGUGCGCUACUAUAAGGAGGCUGGCAUGUGGAGUGAUGCCAUUCGGAUCUGCAAGGAGUAUGUCCCGGCAAGGCUGGAGCAGCUGCAGCUUGAGUACGAGAGGGACGUGACAAAGAAAGGAGCCAGAGGGACAGAGGCCAUGCUAGAGCAGGCACGGGAAUGGGAGCAGGCGGGUGAAUACACACGGGCGGUCGAUUGCUACCUGAAGGUGCGCGAUACAGACAACCUGGUGCUGAUGGAAAGCUGCUGGAUGAAGGCAGGUGAGCUCGCUAUCAAGUUCCUCCCACCAGUGAAGCGCCUGGAAGUGGUCCGUACGGUGGGGCCGCAGUUGGUGUCUGUAGGAAAGAACAGUUCGGCGGCAGAAUUGUACCUGAAUAUGGACCUGAUCAAGGAGGCGAUCGAUGCCUUUAUACAGGGGGAGGAGUGGAAUAAAGCGAAGAGAUUGGCCAAAGAGCUGGAGCCCAGGUACGAGGAGUAUGUGGAUGGUCAAUACAAAGAAUAUCUCAAGAACCAGGGAAAAGUGGAGUCGCUUGUGGGUGUUGAUGUGAUGGCGGCGCUGGAAAUGUACGCAGAACGUGGCCAAUGGGAGAAGUGCAUUGAGACGGCAGCCAAGCAGAAUUACAAAGUUCUCCAUAAAUACGCGGCUCUAUUUGCCUCUCAUCUCAUCACCGAGGGCAACUGGGCUAAAGCCUUGAGCCUCUACAUUCAGCACGGAGCUCCCGCCAACCCACAGAACUUCAACAUCUACAAGCGGAUCUUUGUGGAAAUGGUGAAUGCGGAUGGACUGAAUCAGGCCGAGGGGUACCACGCGUGGGCAGAACUACGUGAUAUGUUGUACCAGCUGUGUGAGAACCUGAUGAAGUCCAGUGAGGUGAAUUCUCAGGCCCAUCAAGACUUUGAGCAAAUGUUACUCAUUGCCCAUUAUUACUCCACUCGCUCAGCCUCACAGGGAGUCCCACAGCUGGAAGUUGUUGCUGCCAAACUGUCAGUUUCUCUCCUGCGCCACACGGACGUUGUCCCGGCAGACAAGGCCUUCUAUGAAGCUGGAAUGGCUGCCAAGGUGACGGGAUGGAAGAACUCGGCCUUCAUUUUCCUCAAUAGGUUUCUGGACCUCGUAGAUGCCAUCGAGGAGGGCAGUUUGGAUGCUCUGGACCAUUCGGAUUUUCAGGACACGGACAUUCCCUUUGAGGUUCCUUUACCCGCGAGACAGCACGUGCCUGCAGAGAAGCGAGAGGAGGUGCGGGAGUGGGUUCUGGCCGUGGCUAUGGAUCAGCGAGUGGAUCAGGUUCUGCCCCAGGAUGAGAGAGGCUCCUACGAAGGUUCCCUUAUUGGCAGAAGCAGUGGGAUCCACUCGCUGCCGUGUCUGAUAACUGGAUUCCCGGUGCUCAGGAACAAGAUGGAAUUCAAGCAGCCAGGGAAAGCCGCCAACAAGGAGGACUGGAACAAGUUCCUUAUGGCUGUAAAGACCAGUCACAGCCCAGAGUGCCAGGAUGUGCUGCAGUUCAUUGGCCGAUGGUGCGGAGGCCUCCCCAGUUCCAGCUUCUCCUUCCAGUGACUCCUCCCACCUUGACAUGCUGUGACGCUCGUGCUGAUAUCUGUAUGUGUUGUACAAUAAAGUUUCUUUAUAAA